AUGGGUGCAAAGCAAUCUUACAAACUACUCCUUGUCAUUAUGGUGGCGGUGGUGGUGAUGCUUGCCACCGUAUGCCGCGGCUCCAGCGUGGGGCAUACGCCGUCUGCGAAUGAGGAAGUUCUUGAUGAGUUUGUGGAGUUUAAGGACCAGUCAAGGCAGACGGAUGACGCGAGGGCGGCGGAGAAGGCGAGAGAGGGUAAAGAAGGGUCGGAGUCGUGGAUGGAGUGGGCUAAAGAGAAAAUCACCGGAGGACUUGGGCUGAAGCAGGAUGAUGAGAAUUUUUUGAAGCAGGAUGAUGAGAAUUUUUUGAAGGAUAGUUCUAAGAAGGCUUCUGAUGCUACUUAUGACACUGCUUCUGGUUAG